AGGCCUUGAUCAUGGCAUUUGUUCCACACAGCACCAGGGUCGACCUAGAAGGAUGUGGGAUUGGGGCCAUAAUCUGUGAGUAUCCUUAAGUGUUUUCAUCAGGAUUGACACACUGAACUCUGUAGGGUUUUAGGUAAUGAGUAAUUGCUAUUUGCAUCUCCAUCGGUAUUUUCAUAUAUUAUCUCUGACUUUUAUUUUAGGAAAAAGAAGGCGAGAUCCUGAAGAAGGGCGACUCAUCAGUCCAGAAGAAGAAAGACUCCAGAGAGAAAACGAUGAACUCCAAGGAGAACUGAGAAGACUCCAGAGAGAAAACGGAAGACUCCAGAGAGAAAACGAUGAACUCCAAGGAGAACUGAAUUGGAGAAGGACUCGAACUUAUGCAGAUGACAUCACUCUUAAUCCAGGCACAGCCCACCCCAACCUCUCCAUUGCUGGGGAUCAUAAGAGUUUGAAACAUGAAGCCCAACCUCAAAAGGUUCCAGCAAGUCCAGAGAGGUUCGAUGCAACCGUCUGUGUGCUGGGCUCUGAAGGAUUCUCCUCUGGAAAGCACUACUGGGAGAUGGAUGUUGAGAGCAGCACUGACUGGGACCUGGGAGUGGCCAGAAAAUCCAUACAGAGAAAAGGAAAACUUUCCUUGUCCCCUAUAGAGGGAUUCUGGGCUCUGGGUUUCAGUGGGAGAGAUUACUGGGCAAAAACAGAUCCAUGGACCCGCAUCAUGGUGCAGAAAAAGCCCAAGAAAAUUGGAGUUUACCUUAGUUACCAAGAAAUGCAGGUGACCUUUUUGAAUGUAACUGAUAUGUCUGUGUUGUUCACAUUUAAUGAUUGUUCAUUCUCAGGCGCUGUUUAUCCAUUCUUUAAAAAUUCCCACAAAGAAACAUCAAUGAGAAUUUGUUCUAUAAGAGAAGAUGAAUGAGCUUAAAGUGGCACUGCCACUCCUUUAUCCCUAUGUAUCAUAGAAAUCAAGUUUCUCAGCAAUGAAUUUGAAUUACAUUUUACCUCUAUAUUAUUGUGAUGCCAUCUCUAGAGCGGCACUGUAACUCAUUUUAUGGCUAUGAACCUAUGACAUCAAGUUUCUCUCCAAUAAAAUGUGAACUGUA